CACCGGGUAAACGGAGCUGUCAGAGCCGAACGGCAACGAUGGCUGGGAACAAGUCCUACACUAUAGUGGAAUAUUUCGGCGGAGAUGACGGCUACCGCUGCGGCUACUGUAAGAACCAAACCGGGAACUUUUCUCACGGAAUGUGGUCUCACACCAUGACCGUUCAGGAUUACCAAGACCUCAUCGACCGAGGAUGGAGAAGAAGUGGGAAAUACGUCUACAAGCCCAUCAUGAACAAAACCUGCUGUCCACAGUACACCAUCAGAUGUCAUGCUCUGAAGUUCCAACCUUCCAAAUCCCACAAAAAAGUCCUGAAGAAAAUGAGCAAGUUUAUUUCUAAAGGAGAGUUACCAAAAGGACAGGAAGAUGGUGAGCCGAUGGACUCGGUGUGUGAAGACGCCGGUCCACGAGAGCCCAGUAAAGUGUGCCACUCAGAGCUGAAGUGUGCUUCCAUCACAGACAUUGAGAAAGAAGCAGCAGAGAGUCCGUCGAUCACAGAGACUCAGAAAGACGUCACUGAUGCUGCACCGACCAGCUCAGAAACUUCCAGAAAGGAUCCGGCAUCUGUACCUGAUGGAAGAACAGUGGCCUCUGCGCCUAAACCAGGUUUGGGAGCUGACGCGAGCAGGCCGCUGUGUCGGAAGGCCAAAGAGCUGAGGAAGGAGCGUCGUCUUCAGAAAGAGCAGGCGAGACAACACAAUGACGGAGCCUCGCCUAUCGUCUCUCCGACCCCCACCACCCCCGCCCAGACCAGCCAGGCCAAACCUCUGGAGGAUUUCAUUAAUGAGUCGUUGCCUGAGAACUCCUCUCAUUGCCUUGAGGUGAGGCUAGUGCGCUCCAAUCCCCCUAGCCCGCAGUUCAAAGCCUCUUUCGACGCCUCCUACCAGGUGUACAAACUCUACCAGAUGGCCAUUCACAAGGACCCUCCUGACAAACCCUCCGAGAGCCAGGUGAGGCUAGUGCCGGUCAGCUUUGAGGACCCUCAGUUCACGGCGUCCUAUGUGCAGUCGGCGGCGCUGUACGCCUGCUACCAGAUGGCCGUUCAUGGCGAUGACCCCAGCGAGUGUAGUGAGAGCGAGUUCCGGAGAUUUCUCUGUGAUUCUCCACUAGAGGCUGAAUAUUCUCCAGAUGGGCCUGAGGUCGGGUACGGAUCCUUCCACCAGCAGUACUGGCUGGACGGGCGCAUCGUGGCGGUGGGAGUGAUCGACAUCCUGCCCACCUGUGUGUCCUCUGUCUACCUGUACUACCACCCAGACUUCGCCUCGCUGUCUUUGGGCUCCUACUCUGCUCUCAGGGAGAUCGCUUUCACUAGGCAGCUGCAGAAACAGUCUCCGAAGCUGUCCUACUACUACCUGGGCUUCUACAUCCACUCCUGUCCCAAGAUGCGCUACAAGGGACAGUACCGGCCUUCAGACCUCCUGUGCCCAGAAACCUAUGCCUGGGUCCCGAUCGAGCGAUGCCUUCCUCAUCUGGAGAACUCCCGCUAUGCUCGGUUCAACCAGGAUCCUGAAGCAGGAGACGCUCGGCUGCUGAAGGACGUGGGCCGGGCUCUGGUUCUCUACAGACGCACCGUCAUGCCGUACGCAGCCUACUCCCGUAAACGUAAAGGACCCAGCGACGAGGCAGAGGUGCAGCAGUACGCUGGGCUGGUGGGUCAGGACUGUGCCGAGAGGAUCCUGCUGUACCGAGCCUGAACAUCCGCACUCAUACUCACAACGUCUUCACCUUUUUUAAUGUCUGUAAACACUCACACCACCCAGCCACGUGCAUCUGUGAGUCUGUUAAAUGCUUUCUGCUGCCUCUCUCUAGUCUCAUGUUAAGCUUCACACAUGCAGGAACAAUGAAGGAGCCAAUCACUGCUCAGGCUGGCUGCACACUGGAUGAUGUACAAUCUUCAAUUCAGAAAUAUCACAGACAUAGAGCUUCAGCUCAUUUGCAACAUUAUAAUCCUCUAAAUGCUCUUUCUAAACAAUCCAGUCAGACAUGGACACCACAGUUUUACUGUCAUAAGUCCAGUUCAGACCAAAGAUUCAUGACGCAGCAGGUUAAAAUUCAUACAACAAACUGCCCUGCAGCCUCCCAGUUCACAGUGCUGCAACUGAAGGAGACGAUGCAUGGUUUCCAGUGCAACAACUCUGAGCCACUCAGUUUAAAGAGAUUUAUUUCUGAAGUUGAUGUGCAAAAAUCUGUCUCAACAAGAAGGAUAGUACUGUACAUUAACUGCUUUUUUAAAAAUCAUCUAAUAAUGUGUAGCAUCAGGCUGCUUUAAUCCCACUCAUCACUGACUCAUUUGUCAUCACUACUGUAGCGUUGCUUCACAUAUGAACACAAAAAUGCUUUGCUUGCUCAGUCUUGUCAUAACAAAGAUAUAUGCUGUGAAUAAUUAAUUUUCCUGCAGCUCUACAGCCUUGAAUUUCAUGUAUUAAUAUGAUGCAUAAAUACAUGCAUACUCUUCUUACAUGCACAGCUGACAGAGAAGACAAGAUGGUUUAUGGACUGAAGUUUCCAUGUGCAAAGUUUGAAAAAAAAGUCACCCUUUCCAAAAUUCACAGCAGGGUUUUACCUUAUGAAAUAUUCUACCUCAGACUAAUAUUUUAAGGCAGGGGUUUUCAAAGUGUGUGAGAGUGAUCCUCUCCUCUCUCCUCUCCUCUUUACCAGGUAAUCAGUUAUUUGGUUUCAGUAAUGAAUUUAUUGCCAACACUACCUGAUUAUUCUGCUCUGAUAAUCCUUAAAUCAGCGUUACUCAACCAAAGAGCCAAACUGUUAAAAAAUUACAUUUGCAAGAGCCACAAUCUAAGUGGUAAUAAAAGCUUGUAGUAGCAAUAAAAUAAGUUGAAGAUGGCAAAAAUGGUAAAAAAAAACAGUAAAAAUGGGCAAAAAUGGGGAUAAAAAGUGAAAAAAGAAGGGUGGUAAGACAAAAAAGUAACAGAUGACAAAAGGCAAAAAAAG